ACACAGUACCAUUAGACUUAACUUCCAAGCAAAAAUUGAAGUGUAUGCAUCUUGAUAAACUUGACAUUUUGACUUUUGCAAAAGCAAAUUCUUAAGUAUUGAUAUUUGAAAAAAUGGGUCCAAAAAUAGAAACGGAAUUUUAUUUGCGUUUAAUAAGAGGAGUACGCGCAAAUCCAUGUUUGUAUGAGAAAAAUCACAAAUACUAUUACAACAGAAAUAAACGUAAUGAAGCCUGGCAGGAAGUUGCUGCACAAUCUGGUCGGCCGGAAAAUGAAUGUAAAGCACGCUGGAAGCUCUUACGGGAGAGGUUUUGUAAGCAAAUGAAGAGGACUGAGGGACUUGUGGCACUGGAUGGCAGUGAUAGUGAUAAUAAUGAUUGGGAAUAUUAUAAAGAAUUAGUUUUCUUAAGAGAUUCAAUUAUACCACGACGCUCACGUAAAGGCAAAGAUGAAAGCUGCAGCUUGGAAGAACCGACAAUCAAUGAAGUUUUUAUAAAUGUUGGUGCUCUAAGUGAAGAUGAGUCCUGCUCCUCAAAUUCACUUUUUACGAAAUGCACAAAACGCUCUUUGGAAAGCAGUAAUAAAUCAUCCGAGUUCGAUUUAGCGCCAUUAAAAAUUGAACGUAUGGUAAUGGAUUCAGAUUUUCACAAAUCAGAAAAAGAUGAAAUUAAAAGUUCUACGUAUAAAGACAAUAAUCAAAGCACUGCAUUAUCAGAUAAUUCUAUUGACGAUUUAUUUGUUAAAAAUAUUGCAUAUUUGAUGCGUGAACUACCAAUAGAGGUUAAGGAUCGCUUUCAAGCAGAUAUGUAUGCGGAAGUUUACAGAUUGCGAGCACAAUAUCGGAACUAUUAGUUCAAUUUAAGUGCACCGGUGCCAUGGCUUCUACGAAUGCUUAUGAGAUUUUGUUUUACGUAUAUAUAAAUGUUAUUUUGUUAUCUCUGUUAUUUAGUUCCAGUUUGUUACAUUUCCACAGUUAUAUAUGUUCGUUUUUGGUAAUGAAAAUAAUUUAAUAAAUAUAUAUUUGUUAUAGUUA